AUGGAUCCCGGACGACGUGCUAUGAUUUAUGGCCGUAAGUCACCCCCUCGCCGCGAUAUCACAUCUCCUAGACGAGAUCUCAAUAAUAGAAUCACCAAGUCAUCGCGACCGACCCAGAACAAACCGACGAAUUCUACCACCCAAAACUGGCUCAGUCAAGAUGAACAGUCUCAACAAUUUGUCGCAGAUGAGGACAAAUUCGUUUUAAAGCAGGCCAAGAAGAAGGCGGAUAUCCGUGUUAGGGAAGGACGAGCAAAACCUAUCGAUCUCCUUGCAUUCAAUCUACGAUAUAUCGACACGGACCGCGACGUCUUCGACGACGAUGAUGCCGACGCUGAUAUUGAUGUGCCUCCUCCUGGUACCGUUAUAGAAGGGCUGAAGGAGUCUGCGCUUGACGAACUCGAUGCUGACAUUACUCCGUACCUGACUCUUGAAACGAAUAAAAGGAAUCAAGAAUACUGGAAGGCACUGCAGACACUUUGCACCGAUAGAAGACAGCGACUUCAACCCAUGGGUCCUGAGGAACGUGUUGUCAAUUCUGUCAGCGCCGACGUGGACAAAAUACUUGGCCCCAAGAAUCUCGAGCAGUUAGAGAAGCUAGAAGGCCAGAUACAGACCAAGCUGCGUUCCAACGAGGUUAUGGACACUGAUUACUGGGAACAACUACUCAAGAGCUUGCAAAUUUUUAAAGCAAAAGCUAAGCUUAAGAACAUCUGCGAGGAAAUCAGACAAAGUAGGAUAAAGUUAUUAGGGGACCAGGAUCCUGAAAAAGCCAAAGAGCUUGCCGAAUCCCAAUCAUCUGGGAGUACCGUUCAUACUGGACCAAAGGAAACAGCGACGACUUCUGCUCCGAAGUCAAAACCUAAUACGGCUUUUGUCUCGGCGGCCAGUAACCCGACCAGCGCACCACCUCCCGGUACUGCCAGAUUUGCGACGAGCGAAAAUGAAGAUUUCUCUCAAGCUACCAAGGCUCUGUAUGAACGAGAAGUUGCUCGAGGGAUUAGCGAGAAUGAGGAGAUAUUCACAGCUGAAGAGACAGUUCCGAGUGGUACGAAGCCGCAGUGGGCAGAUAAAUACAGGCCUCGUAAACCGCGGUAUUUCAAUCGAGUGCAGAUGGGAUAUGAGUGGAACAAGUAUAAUCAGACGCACUACGACCACGAUAACCCACCUCCAAAGGUGGUUCAAGGAUACAAAUUCAACAUAUUCUAUCCCGAUCUCAUCGACAAGACGAAAGCACCCACAUUCAAGAUCAUUCGUGAGCACGGAAGGAGAAGAGGCGAAUCUUUUGCGCCGGCAGGGGAGGAGGAUACCUGCUUGAUUCGUUUCAUUGCUGGGCCACCGUAUGAAGAUAUUGCCUUUCGCAUCGUUGAUCGGGAAUGGGAUUAUAGCGCAAAAAAGGAUCGCGGCUUUAAGAGCAGUUUUGACAAGGGAAUUCUUCAACUUCAUUUCCAGUUCAAGAAGAUCUACUAUCGGAAGUAA